AUGAAUUUCAAGAAUGAAAUGAAGUCAGUGAUUUGUUUGAAGGCACUGGGGACAAGCGAUAAGGAAGCCUCUGAGUGUAUCCAGAGGGUUAAGGAGUCGAUAAGGAAAGUUCCUCGUAUUCCAUCAGUAAUCAAAGUUAAAAAGAGAUACACCACAUUCAGGAUUCUAACAGAUACUGGCUAUGAUCUUCUCAUUCUAGUGAAUGAAGAGCUUUCGAACGAAGAGAGUGAGCUUAUCGAUGUAGAGAUUGAGCUACUCUAUGAGUAUUUUACCUACAAUGAGGUUCUUAGGAAAGUAUUACCCAAAGAAGUUCAAACACCCUCUUCUUUUGAGAUCGUUGGGUCUAUAGUUCAUUUGAACCUAGAUGAGGAACAGAUAAAGUACAAAGAUAUAAUUGGUCAAGUUGUGUAUGAUAAGACGGGCAAGACAGUGAUAACAAAAACGGGUCAAAUAUCAAAUGAGUAUAGGUCAUUCGAUCUAGAGGUGAUAGGAGGAGAGGGCAUACUGGAGACUAUUCAUAAAGAAGGAGAUAUCCUUUUUUAUAUUGAUUAUAAGAAUGUAUACUGGUGUUCGAAGCUUCAAAAUGAAAGGCUGGAUCUUGUUCAGAAGCUUAGAGAUGGAGAUGUCCUAUGCGACCCCUUUUGCGGAGUAGGGCCUGUAUCUCUGGCUGCAUUGAAGAAAGGAUGUAAGGUCUACUCAAACGACUUAAAUCCACAUGCAAUUAGCUGCCUGAGGAAAUCUAUGGAAAUCAAUAAGCUUGAUCCAAGGAAUAUCGAAGUCUUUAAUCUUCCCGCAAGUGAGUUCCUCGAGAAGAUAGCUGGGAGAAAGAUAGACCAUUUUUUCUUAAAUCUUCCUGACCAUAGCUUAGAUUAUCUCAGAAAGAUCAGUGCCUGGGAUGACGACUCUCUAGUCCAUUGCUACUUCUUCUGCAGAAACAAUGAGGAUGUAGGCCAAUACAUCUUCUCAAGAGUCGGUCUCCGGGUGGAUCCUAGUAUGGUGAAGAUAGUAAGAAAAGUAUCCCCAUCCAAGUGUAUGUACAAGCUUGAGAUACCUUGUAUUUUUCUCAGAAGUGGGUUUUACUGA